AUGUAUGGAUUAGCUUAUGACUCAAUCUCCCAUCACUACAAAGUCUUGAAAGUGAUCGGACCUGAGCUUAUAUCCUAUUCUUUGAAAGAUGAUUCGUGGAGAAGAAUUGAGGAUAUAAAAUACGAAACCGUGUGGUCCUGGGAUGAUUGCAACUUGGUUAACGGAGCGUUCCAUUGGAUUGCUAGCCUCGACGAAGAUAUCUUUCGUGGACCUUUCGUGAUUGUUUCACUUGAAAUAACGGAGGAAAAAUAUAAAGAGUUGGAACAACCACCUUCAAUACCUCGUUUAGCUGAUGAAACUCUAUUCCGUUUAACUGUAUUGAGGGAAAGCUUUGUUUGUACAGCUACUUAUUUAGAAUAUCCUUUGAUUUAUGGGUGA